AUGGAGGACUUAAUUGUCGCACAUAAUGCAUCGACUGAACAAAUCAAAUCCCUCUCAUCCCAAUUGCAGCACUGCGAAACCAAGAUUAUGGACCUCGAGGACAGAUCAAGGAGAAGCAACAUUAGACUGAGGGGCAUACCGGAGACUAUUCUCCAAGCAGACCUUCCCAGCUACGUGCACGGCCUUUUCAAAGCUCUGGCCCCUGAGGUCCACACGGACAUGUUGCUAUUAGACCGCCUACACAGAAUCCUGAAACCCCAACAAAUAGCGGCUUCACUACCCAGGGAUGUUUUGCUGAAAGCCCACUAUUUCCACGUGAAGGAUCUAUUAAUGCGGAGGAGCAGGACGGCGAAAGACUUACCGAUGGAAUAUGCCGCGAUCAAGAUGUUUUCUGACCUUUCCGCGGCCACCCUGAGACAACGCAAGACCUUCCAGCGGGUAACGGAGACCCUCCGAGCCAACCACAUUCUGUACCGCUGGGGUUUCCCGGUUCGCCUCAUUGCCUCAAGAAACGGGACAACCACGACCAUCCACACGGUGGAAGAAGGGCUGGACCUCCUAAGACAAUGGAACUUACCCGUGGUAGGGGACUCUCAAGCUCCCAAGGGCCCGCGCCAAGUGGAGAAAGACUGGCAUACUACCAACUAA